AUGGCAGCGCAACGGCGAGGGGCUUCACCGCUUAAUAUGCGGGCCUCUCGGACCUCCCCUGCAUUUUUACCCAAAGGGUCAGAUACUGGCCGUCUGGUCUUAAAUAACGGUCGUCCUGCUGGAGAAGGACGUGGUGUGCACUACACUUCUGCCCGUUCACCUGUUAUGACAGGUACCUACUCGACUAGUUUUGGUGCGGCCGGCGAGGCGCUCUCUGCGUCACAUGCUAUGAUGGCCGGCGCUAAACGGAGUAUGGAGGAGGAGCAUGCUAUGGACACAGAGGUGAAACAAAAAAUGAGCCCUCACAUGCGUAUGAGCCAUACUAUGCCUUCUCAGUCUGCAGGUGCAAUGGAGAACGCUGCUCGCCAGUAUGGCUUUAGCUACACCCCUCAUCAACAUACAAGAACAGGAUCCGGCGAUACGCCUCCACCACCCCUUGUUCUUCCUUCGGCGGCAUCGCCUACAUCCUCGUCUGUGACAGAGGAUGCAGACAUUAAGGAUAUGUCUGGAAGCCAUCAUGGUCAGACAAUCCACAAAUGUGAAAGCUGCUCAAAAGUGUAUCGCCACCCAAGCUGCUUGAUCAAACACCGGUGGGAGCACACCAUGUACUGGAAAGAAGCAUCCAAGUUCCUUAUGAGCAAGCAUCAACAAGUACAACUGUUAGAAGCAGCUGCUAUCUUGGUCGGUAUGGACUCCAAUGCCCGUUCGCUGCCGGAAGAGAAGGCGUUGUGGCCGGCAGCUGUAAGCCCGCCUUCGUCUGGUCUACUCGGUUGUGAGCAUGUGAACUUUGAUACGCUUAUGGCUACCAAGGCUCGCAAUGCUGCCAUGUUCAACGAUCCGGCGCGAAUGCAGUACGGUACAUCUGCCCCGGCUGGAGGUGAAUUGAACGUGCGUGGACACCGUGCGGAAUCGAUGCAAACGUCGCCCAUGAUGCGACCAGACGAGUAUCGCCGUCAUCGGCAUGAAGAACUGGCUGAAGAUGGUGAUGAUUCAGGUGAUAUGGAUUCUCACGUCCCUGAGGACUCCUAUGGCCUUAACUCUGGGGGUGACGUUAUGGCCGAUAUGGACAUGGAUGCGGACGAAUGA